ACAAUUCCUAUGUUCAAACGCCCACUACAAUUGUAUAAUUUGACCCGACCCACAACCCGGUUUCCCGUCAAAAACCCAGCUAAAGCCCUCGCUAGAGAAUUUCACUGAAGCAGCAAACAAUCAAUCUCCGAAUUCGAAUCACUGAAUCAUGUACGGCGGUGAUGAAGUAUCAGCAAUUGUGAUAGAUUUGGGUAGCCAUACUUGCAAAGCUGGUUACGCUGGUGAAGAUGCUCCUAAAGCCGUUUUCCCUUCUGUUGUUGGAUCAGUUGAUCAAAUGGAAGUUGAUAAUCCUGAUAAUCCGGAGGAUAAUUCGGGAUCUGCUCCUGACUCUAAAUCAAAGGGUAAGCGGAGAUUGUAUGUUGGAUCUCAAGCCUUGGGAUUUCGCCGCGAUCUCAUGGAGGUGCUAUCGCCCAUCAAGGAUGGGAUGGUUGUGGACUGGGAUAUUGUAGAGAACAUAUGGGACCAUGCUUUCAGGGAAUGCUUACUGAUCGAUCCAAAGGAGCAUCCAAUGUUACUUGCAGAGCCCUGUUCGAACACUCAGCAGCAAAGGGAAAAGGCUGCAGAGAUAAUGUUUGAAAAGUACCAAGUUCCUGCAUUGUUUUUGGCCAAAAAUGCUGUUCUCACAUCUUUUGCAUCAGGACGUGCGACUUCUUUGGUCGUUGACAGGUAGGAGCUUAUUUACUAACUGGCUAUCAGCCUUGAAUUGCUUCUUUGACUUGUCUUGUCAAUAAAGUUCUUUUGCAGAGAUAUUUAACCUCCCAGCGAUAAUAGCAUUCAUAUUAUCUGCAUUGCGUGCUUCUGUACCUUCCUUUUUAGUGAAUAUAAAUUAUUGGAAAGAUUUCAUGAUUUCUGGUGCAUGAUGGCAUAUUAGUUUCAGUUUCUCUUCAUCUUGAAUUGUUAAGUUUCUCUUCAUCUUGAAUUGUUAAGUUUCUACACAUUUACAUCAGUAGCGUCUGGUUUGAUUCAUAACUGUAUGAUGAGCGAAUGAUGAAAAAUUAGAGCUCUUCAAGUAGGUUAGCGUCUUAACUUUUAAGAAUCUUGCAAGAAUUAUGUUUGAGAAUAUGGAGAUAUGAUAUCAAACUUUAUAAUUAUAUUAAGGAUAUGUGAGAAUUGUAGUAAUGAUAUAAAACUUUCGCUUAGAUUAGGUAGAUGGUAUUCUGUAAUUUUUUAUUCUUUUUCAAUCUCUACUAUUGCAUAGUACACCCGUAGUACUCUUCCAUUUCAAUCAUCCUUAUUUAAUUCUUUGUGAUAUCCCAACAACAACAACAAACCCAGCUUAAUCCCAUACGUGGGGUCUGGUGAGGGUAGUGUGUACGUAGCCUUACCCCUACCCUAUAAAGGCAGAGAGGUUGUGUCAAAUCGACCCUCGGCUUAAGGAACAAUAAAAAUAAAGCAACAAGCAAUAGAAGCAGUAAUGUAAUACGGUAAUGGAAGCGAGUGACAUAACAAGUAAUAUAGAACCAGGAAUAAAAGAAUACAAGAAUAGUACUAAUACUACUCGUAAACCUAGGAGAAACUCACAACUACUUGUCAACCUACAACCUUAAUCCUCGACCUCCACACCUUCCUAUCGUGAGUCAUGUCCUCGGUAAGGUGAAACAGUGACAUGUCCCGCCUAAUCACCUCCGGUGUUAGAAAAAGCGGUCGCUUAAAGCGAGAAGCGAAGUGAACUGACCCCUUCCUCGCUUCUGCCAUGUGAAGCGACUCAGGUAGGAAAAAGCGACCGCUUCCCACUAAAAAGCGAGAAGCGACCGAAGCGAGCGCUUCUUUGUUUUAAACAGCUGCCAGCCUAUUUAAUUAAAAAAGAAUGGUUUUCAGUGUUCUUUUAUUAAACACAACCAGCAGAGCAUCUGAGAGUCUCUGCGACUAGGGUUCUUCAACAGAGAUUCCAGCAACAGGUAUGUGAUGAUUUUCUCUUCUUCUUCUGAUUUCUUCUCAUCUUCUUCUGACUUCUUCUUUUUUUUUUCUGACUUCUUCUUCUUCUUCUCUUACUGUUUCAACGUCCAAAUAGUAGCGAAAUGCUGGCGAAUUUUUUUUAACCUUCGGUUCUUUCCCAGAAUCCAGCAACAGAAAUUUUUUUUCACCUUCAAUUCUUCUUUCACAGUUUCUUAGUUUUUAUUGCCUUUUCUUAUGUGUUAUGUAGUUGUUCUUUUAGUGGCACCAAAAGAAGAUAGGAAAGACCCUGCUUGGGCUUACUUUACAAGAGUUAGCGAGACCAACAAGAUGACAAUUAGACGUCUUUUUUGUGACAAGAUUUCAAAUGGGGGAAUCUAUCGUCAAAAAGCGCAUCUAAUCAGUGGUGAUCCAAAUGUCGCAUCUCGCUUGACAAUCUUGUAGAAGAAUAUGAUGCUCAUUUUGUGCUUUAAUUGAUGCUACUCUUUAGUUUUUACAUUGAAGUAUUGAACAUUAGCUUACAGUUACAUGUGUUGUCUAUGCAGUAUUUAU